AUGGGCCUCCAUGACUUUCGUGAAGAUGUCGAUCAGCAACGGUACUUCUGGCCCGAGAGAUUUUUGGCGACAUGGAUGCAGAGCGGGGUGACCUCAAGUGUGUGGAAAUUUCGAUCUUGCGCCCUUUACGGGACAUCGUGGCGUUCGCCACCAUCUGAUUUCUUGACUACUGGGCGGGACAUAUCCUUCCCUCACAAAAGUUGGCCCUCGGUUCAAAUGGCACUGCCAGCCUGGCUCAUACAAACUAGCAUCUACGCACUGUUUGAUACAAGCAGGACAUCGACGCUUCAAGUGGAGGUUCAGGAUCACGACGACAGUCACGACACCCGAUGGUGCGGACAGUUUAACGUGCUGAGAUGUUAUCUUUCAGGCUGCCAGAAAAGCGCUACUCACUGUUCAAGACGGACUAACCCACCCAAUUUUAACCAACGGUUUCUCACCGCCGGCUUCAAAUCCAGUGGCCAGAGCUACGUAGACGUGCGGUGCUGCUUAGCGCGGAACGGAAGAAGCUGGUCUGUGCGGUUAGAUCGGCCCUACAAUCCCUGCCACUCGACAGGAAGGUCAUGUGUAAUUACGGACAACCUUUUCCGCUCAAAUUCAAAUUGCAAGGUCAUUGUGAAUGUCACUCAUUCUCCAGUCACCAGCUCUGUCCAAAUUGACGUCCGUUUCGAGUUUGGAUCGCAGGGGUAUUCCCAGUGCGGCGUCCCAGAGACAGGCGCUUCGAACGUGUGGAAAUUGAGUUAUGAAGCAAAGCGUCAUUUGCUGCUCGCCGUCGCUCUUCAGCGUUGCAAACGCUCUUUGGCUGUGGAUACACUGAAUGCUUGAAACGAGCCAGGGCAAAGUCGUUAAUCGUACACUAACAAAGUCUCGUUGAGGGCUUGCCCGCCCAAGUGGUAGCAACCCCAUCUAAGAGGAACUGGGGAAAAAGCUUGCUGUUGGACGAUAGAACGACGCGCUACCCCUGACGGCAAUGAAGAAAAGGGCGAACAUAGUUUGAUAGGGACAGCCCUUCUUUCCUGAUGGUGGGGAGCAUACUCAAGAUCGAAGGUACGCCUUCAAGUCACCAGUGGAGUGGAAACCUACACGGACGUCGCGGUUCACGGACAAAUGCGUAGGGGGUGUGAGAAGGGAAAAUGGGGGAGAACAGUGAUCUUGGCUGAGACGGGGACUUCAUUGGCAAAAUGGGAUGGCACAUCACGAUAGAAUUGUAGCUGAUGAUCGUACCAAGUAGGAUUUAGUCUCAUACUGCUCAUGUUACAGCCACUUCUUCAACCUUC